GGCCUGUGGUCCCUGGCCGGCUGCAGGAUCUGGGCGCCGGCGUUCUCCUCUGGGACCUGAACGGAGAAGGCUGGAGCCAGAGGCGGAGGCCGCAGGAGACUAAGCGAGGCAGAGGAGAGUCUACGCAGGCGCUGUGGCUGGGCUCUAGACCGUAGGAAGCCGGGAGGGCUGGGGGUAGGCAACGAAGGCCGCUGUUCCCGGGAGCCCUGCACUGGACCCACCAGCCCCAGGUUGGAGCGGUGACACUUGGGCUCCCCACAGUGAGAAGGGCAGCUGCAUUGAAACCUCAUUUCUUCGGUGUUGACAUCUCUUUCUUGGGCCCGCGGGCGGUUUUUUGGAAGGACUUAGGAACUUGACGUGAUGAGGAGUCGGAGUAACUCUGGAGUCCGGCUAGAUGGCUAUGCUCGGCUGGUGCAUCAGACCAUCCUGUGCCACCAGAAUCCAGUUACUGGCUUGCUUCCAGCCAGCUAUGAUCAGAAAGAUGCCUGGGUCAGAGAUAAUGUGUACAGUAUCUUGGCCGUGUGGGGUUUGGGUCUGGCCUAUCGGAAGAAUGCAGACCGGGAUGAAGAUAAGGCAAAGGCCUAUGAACUGGAGCAGAGUGUAGUGAAGCUGAUGAGGGGACUGCUGCACUGCAUGAUCAGACAGGUGGAUAAAGUAGAGUCCUUCAAAUAUAGUCAAAGCACAAAGGAUAGCCUCCAUGCCAAGUACAACACCAAAACGUGUGCCACUGUAGUGGGUGAUGACCAGUGGGGACACCUGCAGUUGGAUGCUACCUCUAUAUACCUACUUUUCCUAGCACAAAUGACUGCCUCAGGACUCCACAUCAUCCACAGCCUAGAUGAGGUCAAUUUCAUACAGAACCUUGUAUUUUACAUUGAAGCUGCAUAUAAAACUGCUGACUUCGGGAUAUGGGAACGUGGAGACAAGACAAACCAAGGAAUAUCAGAGUUGAAUGCCAGUUCAGUUGGAAUGGCAAAGGCAGCCCUGGAAGCACUAGAUGAACUGGACCUAUUUGGUGUGAAAGGUGGGCCCCAAUCAGUUAUCCAUGUCCUGCCUGAUGAAGUACAACACUGCCAGUCUAUCCUUAAUUCACUACUGCCCCGGGCUUCAACAUCCAAAGAGGUUGAUGCCAGUCUGCUCUCAGUGAUUUCCUUCCCAGCCUUUGCUGUUGAGGACAGCCAGUUGGUGGAGCUCACAAAACAGGAGAUCAUCACCAAGCUUCAGGGUCGUUAUGGUUGCUGUCGUUUUCUACGAGAUGGAUAUAAAACUCCUAAAGAGGAUCCCAACCGUCUCUACUAUGAACCAGCUGAGCUGAAGCUAUUUGAAAACAUUGAAUGUGAAUGGCCACUGUUCUGGACAUACUUUAUCCUUGAUGGAGUCUUCAGUGGCAACAUAGAACAGGUUCAAGAGUAUAGAGAGGCUCUUGAAACAGUCCUCAUUAAGGGCAAAAACGGAAUCCCACUUCUGCCAGAGUUGUACAGUGUCCCCCCUGACAGGGUUGAUGAAGAGUAUCAAAAUCCUCAUACCGUGGACCGAGUCCCCAUGGGGAAGUUGCCUCAUAUGUGGGGCCAGUCUCUAUACAUUUUAGGAAGUUUGACAGCAGAGGGAUUUUUAGCUCCUGGAGAAAUUGAUCCCCUGAAUCGUAGGUUUUCUACUGUACCUAAGCCAGAUGUCGUGGUUCAAGUUUCCAUUCUGGCUGAAACAGAUGAAAUCAAGGCCAUUUUGAAGGAUAACGGAAUUGAUGUGGAGACUAUUGACGAGGUGUACCCCAUCAGAGUACAACCAGCUCGUAUUCUCAGCCAUAUUUAUUCUAGUCUAGGAUGCAAUAGUAGAAUGAAACUCAGUGGACGGCCGUACAGACUCAUGGGAGUGCUUGGAACUUCAAAACUCUAUGACAUUCGGAAAACUAUCUUUACUUUCACCCCACAGUUUAUAGAUCAGCAACAGUUCUACCUGGCUCUGGACAAUAAGAUGAUAGUAGAAAUGCUUAGAACAGACCUCUCUUACCUCUGUAGCCGCUGGAGGAUGACAGGCCAGCCCACCAUCACCUUCCCCAUCUCACACACCAUGCUUGAUGAAGAUGGAACCAGCUUAAAUUCAAGUAUCCUGGCAGCACUCAGAAAAAUGCAGGAUGGCUAUUUUGGCGGGGCAAGGAUUCAAACAGGUAAAUUGUCAGAAUUUUUGACAACAUCUUGCUGCUCACACUUGAGCUUCAUGGACCCUGGGCCAGAGGGUAAGCAGUACAGUGAAGAAUAUGAGGACAACUCUGAAGAUCUGGAAUCUGGCAAUUGGAUGGAUAGCUAUGAUGCACUGAGUAAUGCUGGCUGUGGUGAGGAAGUUGCUCUUUACUUAGAUCACCUUUUGGCCCACACUACUCCCCAUCCUAAACUAGCCCCUGCUUCAAAGAAGGGAGGGCUAGAUCGGUUCCGAGCUGCUGUGCAAACAACCUGCGACUUAAUGUCCUUGGUGACCAAGGCCAAGGAGCUGCAUGUACAGAAUGUUCACAUGUAUCUUCCUACCAAGUUAUUUCAGCCUUCCCGGCCUUCAUUCAACUUACUUGACUCACUGGAGCCCUCACAGAGUGACCAGGUUCCCUCUGUUCGUGUAGAAAUACAUUUUCCUAGAGAUCAAUCUGGGCAAUUGGACUUCAAAGCACUGGUUUCACAGCUGAAGGAAACCUCAAGCUUACAGGAACAAGCUGAUAUACUCUACAUGCUGUAUAUUAUGAAAGGACCAGACUGGGACACGGAAUUGUAUGAAGAAGGAAGUGCUACGGUCAGAGAGCUUCUUACUGAACUAUAUGGCAAAGUUGGAGAAAUUCGUCACUGGGGCCUGAUCCGUUAUAUCUCUGGGAUCUUAAGAAAGAAGGUGGAAGCACUCGAUGAGGCCUGCACAGACCUGCUCUCCUAUCAGAAACAUUUGACAGUAGGGCUCCCUCCAGAACCUCGAGAAAAGACGAUCUCUGCACCCCUACCCUACGAGACACUCACUCAGCUAAUAGAUGAAGCCAGUGAAGGAGACAUGAGCAUUUCAAUCCUUACACAGGAAAUAAUGGUAUAUCUAGCCAUGUAUAUGAGAACCCAGCCUGGCCUCUUUGCUGAAAUGUUUCGACUUCGAAUUGGUCUGAUCAUACAAGUUAUGGCAACUGAACUGGCCCAGUCCCUUCGAUGCUCAGCUGAAGAAGCCAGAGAGGGUCUGAUGAAUCUCAGUCCGUCAGCCAUGAAGAACCUCCUGCACCACAUUCUCAGUGGCAAGGAAUUUGGAGUGGAGCGAAGCGUUCAUCCCACUGAUACAAAUCUCAGUCCUGCUAUUUCUAUCCAUGAGAUUGGUGCUGUUGGAGCAACCAAAACAGAACGAACUGGGAUCAUGCAGUUAAAAAGUGAGAUAAAGCAGGUGGAAUUUCGUAGACUGUCUAUCUCAACUGAAAGUCAGUCCAAUGGUGGUCAUCCCUCCGGUAUAGAUGUGAUGUCACCGUCUUUUCUGUCACCUGGAACCUGUAUGACCCCAAGUAGCGGGUCCUUUCCUAGUAUACACGCUCAACAAACAUCUAGAGAUAGUCGUCAAGGCCAAUGGCAACGUCGGAGGAGACUGGAUGGAGCACUAAAUAGAGUCCCAGUUGGAUUUUAUCAAAAAGUGUGGAAAGUUUUACAGAAAUGUCAUGGACUUUCUGUGGAAGGUUUUGUUCUUCCUUCUUCAACAACUAAAGAGAUGACUCCAGGAGAGAUUAAAUUCUCUGUCCAUGUGGAGUCUGUCCUGAAUCGUGUACCUCAGCCAGAAUACCGCCAGCUUCUGGUUGAAGCCAUCCUUGUCCUCACCAUGCUGGCAGAUAUUGAAAUUCACAGUAUCGGAAGCAUCAUUGCUGUGGAAAAAAUAGUGCAUAUAGCCAAUGACUUAUUCCUUCAAGAACAGAAAACUCUCGGAGCAGAUGAUACCAUGUUGGCAAAGGAUCCUGCAUCUGGCAUCUGUACUCUCCUGUAUGACAGUGCACCCAGUGGCAGGUUUGGCACCAUGACCUACCUCUCCAAGGCAGCUGCCACCUACGUGCAGGAGUUCCUCCCCCACAGCAUCUGUGCCAUGCAGUGAGGGCUUUGGGUUCUGGCUGCUGGGAGCCUUCCUGGUCCCUGUCUCAGCUGAUUGUGCAUGGAACUGAAAUGUUAAAGGCUGAUCACUCCCCCGUCCCUUCCUGUCCCCCUCCCCAAGAAGAGAGAACUUUGCCGAUAAACUAACUGCCUUAGAAGUGACUCCUUACCUGGAGACUCCCCUCCAGUGUGCAUAUGCUCAACCAGGCCUUUCAAUUAUUGUAUCUAAUUUCACAUGGUUGAUAAAAGUUUGCAUGUAUUUUUAUUCUGUAGAGCUGUUACAAGCUUAGUUUUCUGACUCCUGUUUGAAGAGCAGAUAUUAAUAAUAACUUAUUCCUAAAGAUUUAUUUUUCUUAUGUGGUUUUAUUGUGUAUAUGAGUGGUGGGUCCUUUGGGGUGUUAUUUCAAGUGAGUA